GGUGCCAGUCGAGGACCUUCUCUCCUGCCUUUGGACUUUGCCCAUCUCGGGCCCUGGAGAACUUCUGCUAUGGUGUCCGGCUUACUUUUGCUGUACCUCAUCGCGCAGUGCUCCCUGCUCUCCCAUGCAGUGACAGUGUACGAUCCCGCGGGCGCCGAGCAACCCACUGGGUCGUCGGGCUCGGCCGCGCCUGGAGCAACACUGGGGAACAUCGGAUGGAUCAGCGCGCUGAAUGCGUACAACAAUGUUCGGCUUCAGGCGCCUCCGCUGCCGAGUCCAAUGCCGGCGACGUCGUUCGCGCUAACCCUGACGAGCCAGGCGCAGCACAUGGCCGGGUUGUCGAUCCCGCAGAGGGGCGAUUUCUUUGGGUUUUCGAUCGAGAUGUCGGUGGUGGAACAAGUCAUUGGGAAGAACGCAUCUUUCAUCCAGGUCCCUUUCCUCAACCUGCUUGCCACGCUCGCAGACCGAGCAAUCGACGUGCGCAUCCGCGUCGGAGGGAACACCCAGGAAAUGGCGUCGCUCGUUAGCAGUCUGCCGGACAACGCGAUGAUAACGAAGGACAACAGCGCUAUCGCCGGCCCCGUCAGUACCGGUCAGACGCCUACGUUGGACUACACGAGCGAGCUGCUCUACCUGCUCGCGAACGUAUCGUCCCUUGUAAAUGCCAAAUGGUAUCUCGGCAUUCCGAUGAACGAUACGACGCACCUCCGUUUGCAGAUCGCUGAGCUGGGAGACGCUAUUUUGGGCGAUAACGUGCUCGGGUACCAGGUCGGGAACGAGCCGGACCUCUACGCGUCCCAUCAGCGUCGGCCCGAGGGGUACGAUGUCCAGGACUACUCCGACGAGUUCGGAGUAAUGGUAAAUGGGAUACACGACGACAAGCAGAUCAAGAACGCCAACAAGCUCGUCGCUCCUAGUCUCCAGGGCACCUGGAAGGCCGAAGACCUCUGGGCAACUGGCUACCUCGAUGCAUACUCCACCUCCAUUGGCGUUAUAGCUAUGGAGCACUAUCCAGACCAGAACUGCGCGGCUGAGUUCCCUGACGGUGGCUUCGGGCCCGUCAAGGAUCCCCAGGCGGUCUUCCCAAACUAUCUCACCCAUGCCUCCGGCCAGCAGAUCGUUCAGCCGUAUCUUAAUACUGCCGGCAUCGCUCAGCAGCUUGGAAAGGAGUUCAUGAUGUUCGAGACGAACACCGCUUCCUGUGGAGGGUUCCCGGGCGUCAGUGAUAGCUUCGCGUCUGCGCUGUGGGCUGUAGACUACGGUCUGCAAAUGGCGUACAGCAACUUCACUGGUGCGCUGUUGCACGUUGGUGGUCAGAACGUCUCCUAUAAUCCGUUUACUCCUCCGCCAACCAACCUAUCGUUAUUUGAGAGUUGGACGGUCGGCCCGGUGAUGUACGCCACGCUAUUCGUGGCGGAAGCCAUUGGGACUAGCAACACGUCUCGGGUGGUAGAUCUCCGUGCCAAUGGCGGAAACGACUUUACCCCUGCGUAUGCGAUCUACGAGAACGACGCGCUCGCGCGGAUUGCUUUGGUGAACUUCAUGAACGAGCAGGACGGCUUCGGCAGCUACAACGUGACGAUCUCUGUCGGCGGGGACGCAGUGGGAGAGGCAAACGCUGCGCCUACGCAGGUCCAAGUGAAGCAAGUUUCCAUUCGACGAUAUCUGCUUGCCCCGUCUGUGAGUGACAAGGACCAGGUCACCUGGGCGAAUCAGACGUUCGGAGGCCGUUUCGCUGCUGAUGGCCGUCUUUCCGGUACCGAGGUGGUCCAAACUGUCACCUGCAACCAGGCUACGAACUCCUGCCUCAUAAACGUGCCUGCUCCCGGAGCGGCGCUCGUCUUCCUUUCGAGCGAUGCACAAGCUCAGGAGAACCCCAAGGCGACCCACACGUAUUCGACCACUGCGGUCACCAACCCAGUGGCGACUGAGACGGUCAACCCGACUGCGCUCGCGAACAGCAAUGGGAACAGCGGUACAUUCCCACUUGCAGGGACAAGCAAGGGAGGUGCCAAUGGCGCGAAUCAUCACUUCACUUCUCUGUCUGUCAGCUGGCUCUCGGUCUUGCUUGGGAUUGUAUUCCGUCUUUGGUGAUGUGGACUCCGCACGCGAUAUAAUGUGGUCGCGAGAUGGACGCUUUACUGGCUGUUUGCCUGCCGGAUUGAAUUCUGUUGAUGCAAGUAAGCGUCACUGCGGUCUUGUAGUCCGACGAUCUAUGAGGACUGGUAUGCAAGUCGAGGAGUCAUGGGCUCAUCGGUCAUGCUCGCGGCGCUUGCUGCAGAGCACCUCUCCUGUGGCGGGCUUGCUAAGGAGAUACGAUGCGACCUGGGGACUUCGAUGUCCCUCCGGUCGCUGUCGGGUACAUUGUGACAGCGUACUGAACGAGUAUCGGCUGCUACUGAAGCCAUCAC